CUUUGCUCUGCGAGUGGCAGAAGAGCGCUGCUGGUUAGGAAAGCAGUCAGCCGCGGGGAUUAGACAGCCAUAUCCAGCAAUGAAAAAGCUUCCCAGGCUACUUAGUGAAAGUCUGGAUUGCCUUGUUUUGUGUUUUCUUUAGUUCAUUUUAAUUGAAAGCCAAGAUAGUUGGUUUCGAGGACUAGCGAAAUAUAAAAAAUGUCGUCGUGAGCUAACAAGGGAACUUUUUCCUAAAAACCACCACUUGGAAAACCCAGUUUGCAGUGGUCUCUCUCCUAGCGACGCUAGCUACAGUAGCAACGUUACCUCCAAGAGAGGCUAGCUAGUUAGCUAAACACAAUUUUCUGGUUCUGGAAAGCUAACCUCUUGUAUUUCCACUGCGAAAAUAGCUUAUAAUCUGUAUCUGAACUUCAUGACCAACUAAAGCCUUUAAGGACGGACGGCUGAUGCAGCACAGAAGAGAGGGUUUCAUAUCCAGCUCCACACCGUAUAAAGAGUCGUCUGGAAAAGGACUAAAAUGAAGAAACAGUUCAAUCGGAUGAAACAACUCGCCAACCAAACAGUUGGCAGAGCCGAGAAAACAGAAGUCCUCAGCGAUGACCUGUUACAGAUUGAGAGGCGUAUGGAGAUGGUGCGGGUGGUGUCCCACAACACACACAAGAGGAUGGUCACGUGUCUGCAGGGUCACAUAGGGGCCGAAGCAGAGAAGAGACACUCCGUACCGCGCCUAUAUUCAGGAAAUGGUCAGAAAAAGCUACCCUUGACAGCACUCUCUCAGGCCAUGGUGGAUGGAGGCAGUCAGCUGGGAGAGGAGUCUCUGAUUGGGAAGAUGAUGGAGGUGUGUGGUGAGGCGGAGAACAAGCUUGCGUCAGAGCUGAUGCAACACGAGCUGCAACUAGAGAAGGACGUGCUAGACCCCCUCAACCAGCUAGCAGAGGUGGACAUCCCCAACAUCCUAAAGCAGAGGAAGCAGCUGGCCAAGCUGGUGCUGGACUACGACUCUGCCAGAGCAAGAUGGUUGCAGGCGACCAAGUCGAUAAUCUCAGGAACGAACACUCAAGCACUGACGGCCAAGGCUGACCUGCUCAAGGAGGAGGUGGAUGAAGCUAUGAACAAAGUGGAACUCUGCAAGGAUCAACUGGCUGCAGACAUGUACAAUUUCUUCUCAAAGGAAGGGGAUUAUGCCCGCUACUAUGUCAUGCUCUUAGAAGCCCAAGCUGAUUACCAUAGGAAAUCUCUAACCGUGCUGGAGAGUGUCCUGCCAACUAUCCAAGCACAGCAAGACUCGUGGACAGAGAAGCCUGCGUUCGGGACGGGCCUGGACGAGCACCUGAAGAGGAGCAGCCGGGAGAUCGCUCUGCCCCUUGAGGCCUGCGUCAUGAUGCUGCUGGAGACGGGCAUGAAGGAGGAGGGCCUGUUCAGGAUUGCUGCCGGAGCCUCCAAGCUGAAGAAGCUGAAGGCAGCUCUGGACUGUUCCACCUCUCAGCUGGAGGAGUUCUACUCGGACCCCCACGCCGUCGCUGGAGCCUUGAAGUCCUACCUGAGAGAGCUGCCUGAACCACUGAUGACCUACCAGCUGUAUGACGAGUGGACCCAGGCCUCCAAUGUGUCGGACCCAGACAAGAGGCUCCAGGCUCUGUGGGUGGUGUGCGACCAGCUGCCAAAGAACAACAAGGCCAACCUGAGGUAUCUGGUGAAGUUCCUGGCCAAGCUGGCCCAGGACAGCGAGGCCAACAAGAUGACCCCCAGCAACAUCGCCAUCGUCCUGGGGCCCAACCUGCUGUGGGCCAAGACCGAGGGCACUCUCGCUGAGAUGGCUGCUGCUACCUCCGUUCACGUGGUGACCAUCAUAGAACCCAUCAUCCAGCAUGCUGAUUGGUUCUUCCCUGAAGACGUGGAGUUUAACGUGUCGGGCAUGUUUGCCAUGCCAACGCCACCUUCCACCCACGGCAACCACCUGACUGCGCCCGACUACGACUGUGGCACAGUUGAGAGGAAGAGGCCGGUCAGCAUGGUGGGACCAGACAACGACACGCCACGCAAGGAUAGCUCCGCUAACAAACACUCGGACCAUAACACGCGUAGAGGCAGCAACACUUUAGGUAGAAAGCAGCACGCUUCGCCUACCUUCCAGCCUCCCUUGCCCCCCGUGGAGGCCCCCGGGAGCCCGGGCCCCCUGGGGGAGCCCCAGCUGCAGGCCCCUCUGGGGGGCUUGGCCCUGGAGGGCUGCCAGCCCAGCCUGGCCCUGGGCAUGGCAGCCCUGGUGGCGGCACAGCAGCUGCUAGCUCAGCACACAGAGGAGAUCAGCAACCCAAAGCUACGCGACUUCACCUCCACCCCCCCUCCCCAGAGGAACGGCUCAGGAGGGGGGCACACGGGCGGCACCAACCCCUCAGGGCUGGGCGUGGGGACCCCCGGGGCCGGACCCAUGGGGCCCAGUCCUCACAUGAUGCGCAGAGGUACAAAGAAACCAGCCCCCGCCCCUCCUAAACCAGCCAACCCCCCACCAGGCCAGCCCAAUAUCCCCUCCCCAGGCUCCGCCCAGUCCCUAAGCCCCUCCCCCCGGCCCGCCUCCAGCCACUCCCCCACCUCCCCCACAGCCCAGCCCUGCGCCGUCCCCAGACGCCACUCCAACAACCAGCCCCACAUCCAGGCCCCCAACCACCCCCCUCCCCAGCCCCCCUCACAGGUCAGCCCCCCCCCUCAGCCAAGAGCUUUCCCCCAGCCCCAAGGGGACCCCCUCGGGACAGAGCCCUCCCCUCCAGACACCCCCACCCCACCAGACACCCCCCCGCCGUCCUCUGCCCCCCAGGACAGCCCUGGCCUCCCCUCAGCCACGCCCUUCCAGUCAGGAUCCCUCCCCAGGCCGCGGCCGGUGCCCAAGCCCAGGAACAGGCCCAGCAUCCCCCCUCCUCCGCAGCCCCCCAACCCUGCCGGCGACACCAACGGCCUCUGCAGCACGGCCUACAAGAUCAUGGACCCCGCCCUCUCCCUGAAGGGCUUCACCAGAGCCUUCGUCCCUGACUUUGCUGUGGACCAGCAGCCAGUGGCGCCCGCCCCCACGCCCUCUCACCGAGACUCUGAGCUGGACACUGAGAGCACCGUCCUGUGAGGAAGGGGACGCGCUCGGCUUCCGAAUCAAGCGCACCUUCCUGUCCCCUCCCCCCCCGCCCGGUCCUGCCUCUUCUCUCCACCGCCCGUGUCCCAGCACCACCCUCCGCCCUUUGACUGCCACACCUCAGCUGCUGUCACACGCUCUCUCUCUCUCUCUCUCUCUCUUACACACACACACACACACACACACUAGAGCCCCGUUUCAGCUCAUGCUUCAGUCGUGUACUUGAUAGCUGCCACUCUGUAGCAUUGACAAAGCCACGAUGAAGCUUGGUUUAACUGGAUGACGCACAGAAACUAAGAGUUACAGUAAAGAUGCAGAGAGAAAUGGAACUAUGUAUUUGGAUGGGAUGUUGCACCUGGAAGGGACAGGGUGUGGGUUGGCAACUAUGGAUUGACAAGAUCAGUAGUGGUAUGAGGUGAUUUUGAUAUUGUUUAUUGACCAAGGCCUUAGAUUAUAAAAUAAGAACAGUUUUUUUUUGUCUCUCAAGCACAGGAAAUGUGUUGGAAAUUGUAGAAACCAAAAAAAAAAGAAAAGACAAACAUGUCUGUUGCUGAAAGUGUAGCUGGUGACUGCAGGUUUCCAGUCAGAUCAGACCACUUCCUCACCUGUUUUGUAUGAAGCUCCUCCUUUUUCACCUGUUCUGUCUGGAUAUGUUUCUCUUCCAAAAGACCCAUUCCCUGUGGCUUGAGUUAACUGCAGUCUUUUGGAUCAUGCCUUACUGUGUUAGCACUGCUAGCAUAUACAGUACAUGCUAGUAGUGGUAGGAUCCUUGUGUUACCCUACAUGCUGUAUGUUCUAGCUUUGUAGGCGAUGAAUAUUUUGCCUUUCUAUUUGUCAUGUUUAUUCUGAUGUUGCUGGGGCAUUAAAAUGACUUUGAGUGAAUGUAGGGAAAGGUGAUCUGAAGCGCAUAUACCAUUUUUCUUUUUCAUUUAAGCUGAUCGCUUUAGGAUCCCUCAAAAUGAUUCAAAAUGCCCUUGAAAGCAUCUCCAGGAGAGCUUCUUGGUGAACAGGUUUCCAUGUGGAACUCUCCUUUCUAACACUCUGAGCUGGGUUUACAAGCAUUGUAAAAUCUCAGUGGUGAGGUGGUGUUAGAUUGUCCAAGGCCAGAAAAGCUUUUUCUGUUUUCUAUUUGUGUGUGUAAAGUUUUGCUUUUGCCUUGAAUAUAAUGCAGGGAUAGGUUGGCGAACCGCUCGCUAUGGUACCAAUAGCAACGUCUUAAAUGCAUUAGUUGCCCUGGAAAUAAGUUCAUCAUAUGUACUGUUUUUCAGCGACAAUCAUGCCUUUAGUCUUGCUGGUAUUUCCUGCCCUCCUCUCUCUCUGUCUCUCUCUCUCUCAUACCUCGCUGCCUUAUCCUUCAGCAUAGAGGACUCUAUAGUGAGGCACCAAGAAACGAACAAAUGCCAUGAAACUAGAGACAUGAAGACAGUCCUGCAUUUGGAGCUCGGUAGUUUUAUAUGCAGAUUGUUGAGCUGAUUCAUGAAAUAAAAGUGUAAUAUGAAUGCUUGGUUAUACUCCCUUUCCAAAGAAAAUAAAAUAUAAGAAUAAAAUG